AUGUCCUCGACAAAACUACUAUUUAACCUUUUUUGUCUUCUAUCAUCACUUCUACACUUACAAGUCGAAUCAUCCUGUAUCAAUCAUGAUACGGAACUUCUUUGCACACCAUUGGAUUUCUCUGUAUAUAACAUUUCAUUGCUUAAUUUCAAUACAUCAUCAUCGAUUCAAACAAUUCACUUGACUAAUAGCUAUUAUUCGGGUUCUCUCGCUGAGACCAUCAAUAAAUUGAUUAUCGAUGGGUAUCCGUAUGAAGCAUUCGACGCAACAUUUAAUUCCACGUUCACAUUGUCGAGUUUACUGAUUGAACAUACAAGAUUAUCAGUAUUUCCACCGUGGCUGUGCACAUUGAAUAAAAAUUUAUCGUUUAUCGAAAUCGAUAAUUCUAAUAUUGAACGAAUUCUCGAACAUGAUCUGAACCUUUGCUUUCACCUGAAAAUCUUACGGAUAAUAAAUUCGAAUUUACAACGGUUCACGAACCAUGUUCUUAGCUCUGUAUUUUUACAGUAUUUAUAUUUGAAUAAUAAUAAUUUUACGGAAAUAUCCAAUGAAAAUGGAUUGAAUUUAAAUCAAUUUCCAUCGUUAGUUGUCCUGGACUUAUCUUUCAAUCAAAUCGAACAGAUUUCCUCCAGAAAUUUCAAUCAAACUCCGCAUUUAACCAAGCUUUACUUAUCGAACAAUGCAUUGCAUUUCGUUCAAUUGAAUCAGUCAUUAAUAUCUUUAGAAAUUCUAGAUUUCGAAGGGAAUCGUUUCUUACAAAUGGAUAAACAAUGGUACAACUAUCUGCCACAUUUAACCAGAAUUCGCUUUCCCUACGCACAUUUCUGCUGUGCAUUUAAAAACGUACCGAGAUCAUCGAACGACAAACGCAUUCGUGACAAUAAGAAUUAUUUACCAAUUCUAUCCCCAUCGAGUUCAGUUUGUUCACCUCUACCUGAUCCCAUGACACCUUGUGAAUCGUUCUUCUCCUCAAAGUUCACUCGUUUUAUCUUUCUUAUCAUCGUUUGUGUUUCAUUCAGUUCAAAUCUGAUUGCAUUAAUCAUUCGAAUAUUUCCAUUUCUCGCAUCAUCUUGCAACCGUUGGUCAAUUUCGACUCUCUUCAGUUCAAAUCUAGUUCUUGCUGACUUCAUUUUUUCGAUUUAUCUUAUUAUAAUUGCUAUCGUGGAUAUCCAUUUCAAAGAAGACUUCUAUUUAUACACACAAAUAUGGACUAAAUCAUACGUCUGUGUAUUCGCAGGAUUUACUUAUACAUUCGGAAUUCAAUCAUCAAUUUACGCACUGACACUUUUGACUUUCGAACGGUUCCAUACAAUUUUAUUUUCAUUCACACGGCAAACACCUUGGCGAUUAAAGUUUACCUUGACUGUCAUUUCCAUUGGCUGGUUUGUCAGUUUCAUUACGGCAUCGUUACCAUUGUUGAAUGUUAAUAAUUUCCAUGCGAAUUCAUUAUGUAUACCAUUUCGCAUGGAAUAUCUUUCCGAUCGAUUAUACUUGUCUGUAAUUAUUUUCGUCAAUCUGGUUCUUCUCGGCAUUAUCAUCAUAUGUAAUGGUCUGAUUUGCUUCAAUUUUAGUAAAUCUCACGUUCGAACAUUGAAUGAUGCACGUGCAACAGUCAAAAUUCUUUCCUUGGUUUUUGCUGUUUGUAUUAGCCAUAUGCCUUUGAUUAUCUAUACCCUGUUCGCAUUAUUUACCUACUCAAAAGUUUCGAAUGUCUCGGGUCUUCGUUUAAAUGACAUAAAAUUGACAGUUCUGUUUCUGCAGCCAUUUAAUUCUUGUUUUAAUCCAUUCAUGUACUCAUCGUUAUCAACAUUUCAAUGGACGAGUCCAACACGAACGACAACCAUCGAACUCGGAAGGCCAAAGCCAGUGCGAAAAUCACACAGCUUCUCGCAAUUUCGAUCGAAAUCGGUUGUGUUCAAUCGCGGUUAUCAUCCAUUGCGUUUGAUGUCCGUCACCUCAUUAGAUUAUCGAUCUUCUUCGUUACCGGACACUCCUUGA